CGCUCGGCUCCCAAACCAAACCAAGCUCAUCAGUGCAGAGGACAGGACGAACCCUAUCUAUCUCCACUCCACCGCCGCCGCCGCCGCCGCCGCGGUGGGUCUGGUAAUAUUGUAGUGGAAUUGGAUGGUGAUGGAGACCUCCCUGCGGCUGCGCGGCGCCGACUCCACUCCCAGCCAGCACGGCCUCCGCAUCCACGCCAAGCAGAAGCUCCCCCUCGCCUCCAACGCCCUCCUCCAGGCUCACGCGGAGAUCGACACCAGCACCAGGAAACCCAGCCACCUCGCCCUCCUCGCUAGGCACUUCUUCCCCCAGCUAUCGGCCAACGUGGGAGCAGGAGUGCAGCUGGAAAGAGGCAACAUCUUCAGGUACAGCCUCCGCGGGAAGAAGGCCGUCUCCUUCACCUCCGACGGCCUCCUGGGGCUCAACAUCAAGGGCCGCCUCCUCGCCGACAAGGACUUCCAGCCGAGGAAUAAGAGCGGUGCCGUCGAACUUGCUUGGACCAUACUCGACUUCAGAAAGGGCCAGGACGUCAGGCUCAAGGCCGGAUACGAGCUCUACCGCAAGAUGCCUUAUUUCCAGCUGAGGGAAAACAACUGGACUCUUAACGGUUAUAUGGACGGAAAAUGGGAUGUUAGAUUUGAUAUGUGAUCAGGAAGCUAUUUGUGGAGGGGGCUUGUCAGCCAAUAAAUUAGCGCCGUAUGUGUAUUCCUCCCUUUUUUUUAGUUCCACCAUUCUAUUUUGCUGUAUUGUUCUAAAGAGGGCAAUAUCAUCCAUUCAUCGCCAAGCACCAGUUUCAUGGACAAUGUAGAAUUAGAAACUUGACUAUUGAUGGAUGGAGUCUGGAAAUUCAGGAUUCAGUUGUCAACUUAAGUGUCCUUGUGUAGCGUUGAUGGGAUGAUUGAUUGCAGCAAUGCAUCCUUGUGGAUGCAGAUGUGUAUCUAGGUUCCUGUGCCUAGUUUGAUGAAGGCAUAUAUGUGUCUAUCAAUGUGAAUAACAAUGUACAAGAGGACCAGGACCAGCUUGAAAGCAAACAAUUUACUGAGUGACAUCUUCCAA